AUGGCGUGUGCGCACUUUGCACCUAAUCCGUUUAAGGAGGAUAUUUGUAAAAACUGCCAAAAGAGCAAAGGGCUCCAUUCUGGAGUGUUUCGUGUAGUGUAUUCUACUCCUCCAUGUCCAGAGUUCAAGGCGAAUCCUUUUAAACAUGACAUAUGUGCAACGUGCCUGCAGCCCAAAACGGUGCACAAAGUAUCGGAUCGUGAUUGCCGAGGUGCAAACUGGUUGACAACUCACUCUGAGUUAAAGUCAAAAUAUUGCGACGGCUAUAAAGAGCACGCUUUCAAGCAAGAUGUUUGUUUAACCUGUGGACGGAAAAAGGAAGACCAUCGAUCUGGGGGGCACCGUAAGGUACGACAUGUUGACGUUUUUGAAAUGUCUUCUGGGUGUCUGGAAGAGCAUUGUGAACCAUCAAAAUGCUUGUUGAGCAAUAGUCAUGGGCCGGAAUAUUCAGUACCUGAGGCUGGCAGUGGACUUCUGCACAAUAAAACCCUGCAGCAGGCAAUCUCUCAUUCCUUUGAUCCGAAUCUUAAAGGAAACAAAGAAGAAUCUCCGAGGGAAGGGUGUCCGGACUUUCGAGAACAUGCAUUUAAACGGAACCAGUGUAUUAACUGUGGAAGAACCAGGGAAUUUCACAAGGAUGUUCCGCGAAGUUAUACCCCUACGCACGAAGUAGGUAAUGGCGACACAGACGGUAACGAAGGUAAAAAGCUGGGAGAAAGGAACCGUGGUGGCUGCAUGAAGAGGGGUCCUGCACAGGCGACUGUCAAGGUUCCCCCGAAGAUGCGUGACGAUGAUGCGUCGAGUGAGAGUGAGACUGAGAAUGAGAACGUUACUCCCCAGAAAAAGGUUCCUGCACAGGUGACUGUCAAGGUUCCCCCGAAGAUGCGUGACGAUGAUGCGUUGAGUGAGAGCGUUUCUCAUCCGAAGAACCCUUUGUCACAUUGGGGGACAAUGCCUUCUCCAAGGGAUGGUAUAAAGGGAAAUGGUGGAGGUGCCGUGGGUGGUGCAGCUCAAGGACGAGUUUUUUAA